ACAGUGUACGGCAGAGAGCGGCGAACAUGUCACAAUUUAAUUGCGCUUCAGUUCUUUUUUCUUUUUUUUUCCUAAAUAGCCGCGACACUAGAGCGUUACAACUGCUACAACACAUAAAAGUACGCCAACAAACGUGACAAAAUGUAUCAAUGUCGUUAUUUCCUUCUUCAAAAUACAUGCAGCGAAUGUUGUUUUUAAACCCUCUGUCUUACGUGACUUCCCCUGGGUCCGUGAUUGUGUCUCGCCAUAUAGCGAACAUAAUUAACCUGUUCAGGAGUCAAGGGAUCCGUUGCUUUCUGAAGAGGGAUCUGGAGGAAACCACCGUGGAGGCAAGAAGGAGAAGGAGGAGGGGGGCUGAGGAGGAGGAAGCCAGAGGUUCUACACACAAGAUGGCUGCUGUGUCCUCUGCCUCUGACACUGGUGACCCCAGGGUCCGCCACCCCCCUGAGCGCAGACUGCUGAUCCUAGGGGGCCCACAGUCUGGUAAGACCUCCACUGCCAACACCAUCCUGGGGGAUGAGGUCUUUGAAGCUGGGACAGAGACAACUCACAGCAACGUGGGCCAGACGGAGAUCUACGGCCGACGUGUCACCGUGGUUGACACCCCUCCGUGGGCAAUCCCCACUGACCAAGAGGAUGACGCCGAAGCCGACAACAACGACAACGUCGGCGCCGAGUCGGACAGCCUGCCACGGCCUCCCCCGAGCUUGGACAGCGAGGGGCCGUGCAUGGGGGCCAUUCUCUGCCCUCCUGGACCCCACGCUAUACUGCUGGUUGUGUCAGUCACUCAGCCCUUCACUGAUACCCAAAGGAGGGCUGCAGAGGAGCAACUAGGGGCCCUGGGUGGAGGGACCUGGAGGUACUCCAUGGUGCUCUUUACGGGGUUGGAAAAGCUGCCCAAAGGUGUCUUCAUUGAGGAGCACAUAGCAAACACUGGAGAGGCCCUGCAGUGGCUGGUGGAGAGAUGUGGAAGCAGGUACCACGCCUUUGAUAAUACUAGGAAAGAGACAGAGGAUAACACACAGGUACCCGAGCUGAUGGAAAAGGUGGAGGAAAUGAUCACUGACAACCAAGGCUGGUACUUUGAGGUGAAUGAGCUGAUUUUACUGGAGGAAGAGCAGGCCAGGAGAGCUCUGGAGGAAGAGAGGAUGAGGAUGGAGGAGCAUGCCAGACAGAGGGAGCAGAUGAUCGGAGGACCUCCCAGAGAAUUGAGGUUGCUGUUGUUGGGCUGGAAGGGCGUUGGAAAGAGCUCGGUGGGGAACUCCAUCCUGGGCCGGCGGUACUUUGAGUCGGGCCAGGAGACGGAGCUGUGCCUCAGGAGGCAGGCACUCGUAUCUGGCCGUCGGGUCACUAUCGUCGACACCCCAGGGUGGGACUGGUUCUCAGUUAGGCGAACCCCGAAGCGCAUCCGCCAGGAGUCCCAGCGCGGAGCUGCCCUCCUGCGACCGGGACCCCACACCCUGCUGCUGGUCCUGCCCGUUGUUUCGUCCCUCACGGCCAGGAAGAGGCGAACACUCCUGGCUCACAUAGAGACUCUGUUUGGUGACAGCGCGUGUCUCCACACCAUGGUGCUCUUCAGCUGUGGUGAUUGGCUGGGCCGCACGCCCAUUGAAGAGCACAUUCUCAGAGGGGGGCGGGAGCUGCAAAGACUACUUGAAUACUGUGGAAACUAUUACCACGUCCUGGACAGUAAGACCCCUGGCAAAGAUAGGAGUGUGUCAGUCCUACUGGAUAAGAUAGAGGAGAUGAUUAGGGAGAACGGUGAUAAGGCCUUCCUCCCCAUUCAGACAGAGUGGUUGAGCGAGGAGAGCUCUUACUCUUCUGACAACACUGAGCCUGAGGAUGACUGUCGAGGAUGCCAGCUGCAGUGAUACAAUCGCACUAAAAGGAAAGCCGUCCAGCUUUUUAUCCGUGUUCUGGGUCUCCAGUAGGCCCAAACAUAACCUCAUGUAACUUAAACCUCAUCUAGCUAUCCCUUUCCAACUCUGAGGAGCUUUAGGGAAAACAAACGUUGUUGGAACAGGAAUUUCGUCACAAGUAGCUCUUUGUUAGAAAUGAAAAGACCAAACUCACUGAUCACCGAGCAAAGCUCGACUUGGACUGAUUGUGCAGUGAAUAACCACGUCUGAGACUAAAUGUUCAAAACAGUCCCCUCAAACCCAAGAGUAGGAAAAUUAUUCUGCUUUUGCUUCACGGGACCAGAAUCCCCUGCUCAUGAGCUCGUUCACAGAAAUUACCUACUGCUAAAGAGACCCUGUUUCAGCUCUGCAGAGUAAAGAAUUACUCGUCAUUGUAACUCUAUGUUCAGACUGCACUGAUAAGAUUUGUAUUACAAGUUGAAAGCGUAAAUGAAAACAAAAAGGGGUAUGAAGAAGAUAACAUGAUCAUGACCUGGUAGAUUUGGGGGUAGGGGUCAUGUCUGCAGCAAGUUAGUCAAUCUUGGUUAUUGGAAGACUAAGAGGAAUGUUUCUAUGCUUGUCUUAUAUAAGUUUUAGAUGGAUUUUACAGUAUAGUUAUCCCUUUCUGCAUCAUGUGCCAAACAACAAAAGAUAAUAAUGUAUAUUGGAAUAUGUAUUCACCAAUGUAAAGCAAAAAAGUCGUGAGAAUCUUGACUUUGUGCACUCCAGUAACAUAAAAGUAUACCUUCAGACAUGAAAUGUGGUAACUUCCUGAUCUCUCAUUAGAGCAAUAUUAAAAUUUUCUUCAUCAACAUUUGAUUGGUUUAGCUCAGGAAGUCAGGGUUGAAUUGAUUCCUCCAGGGCAAAAUCUGGCUAAUUUACAGAAACACUCGUUAAUGCUGAUUGCAAAACUGCAGACGUGAGUCACAUAUUAAUUUCAAAUUGGAGUUUUUCUGUGAGUAUUUGCUUUAGUUUGCUGAAACUAAAAAGGAGUCAGUCUUUGCACUUUGGUUGUAAUUGGUUACUUUGGUUCUCUUGUGCGAAAAAAUUUACUGAAACCAUCUAAAGUGGUAAAUAUAUAUUUUUAUCCCACCUUUGCCAAAGCAUUCAUGCUCAAGGGGAGCCCUAAUAACAUUUAGGAAAGGCUGUAAUGAAACUAUGUGCGGUCUCAGAUCCCUGUGGAGCAACUUGGGCUGGCUCUGCUUCGUUUUUUGUGGUCAUGCAUCCGGUGCAUUUACCGACAAGGUAGAUUCAGCUAUGUGCCUCAGCAUCAAAGCGUGAGAGUGGGAGUACAGCCCUGCAGCAGGGCAGUAUCCUACAGGCUACAUCAAGCUUUCGCCUGCUACAGAAACAACAUAACCUCAUGAACCAUUCAAGCUCACAUAGGGCUUUUAAUACCUUUUUCUACAUCCUUGAGACAUCUGUUCCUGUCAU